AUGUUCCACAACCUCAAACCUUCCAAGCUCCAGUACCUAACUGGUCAGUUCCCUUUGGCCAGCGACCUUUCAGACCACCACCUCAACCUUUCAAAUUACCUCAACCUGUACAGCACCAACAGCGUAUGCCCUCUAACACCCAGAGGAUGUUCGCUGCACCCCCACCUAAUUACAACCCUCGAAGUAAUGUGUUCCGACUUCCACCCCGAAACAAUCCUCCACAAGCUCAAACCGCUCAGCCUA